AUGCCGCCAAAAAAAACUGCCAAGACCUCAGAGGCCAAAAAGCCCGCAGAAACUAAAACCAAAAAAACAACCAAAACAACGAAGGCUGCCACUAAAACCAAGGCAACCCCUAGGACCAAAAAAACCGCGACAAAGAAAAAAGUUGUAGAAGAGGAAACUCCAGUAACUGAGUUGGAAGGUACAACAGAAUCGGAGCCAGUAUCCGAAGAUGUCGUUGAGAAGACCCAGCAAACAGAGGAAUCGCUGGAAGAGCCACCAACAGAGGGAACAAGCCCAGCUGUGGGAGAAAACAAUGCCGAGGAGGCGAAGGAAUCAGUGGACGACGAGAAAAUAAACGCACACAGAAUAUUUAUAACGAGAAUACCCUUUGACGCAACCAAGGACGACUUGGAAGAAUACUUUAAAAAGUUUGGCACAGUAUACGACGCAUACUGUCCGAAACAGAGCAACUACUCUACACUUAACAAAGGGUUCGGAUUCAUAUCGUUCGAUAGCGAGGAGACAAUACAAAAGGUCUUUGAAACAUCGCCACACGUAAUCAUGGGCCGCGAAGUUAUAGUGGAUAGAGCAACAGGAACUAAAUUUCACACAGGAGCAGGAGCAGGAAACGCAAAUGGAUCAGCAGCAGGCGCAAAUCAACUUAAGAGGCCACCACCACCACCACCAAGAAGAUACAGAGAGUAUCAAGACAACCAUAGGUUUAAAAGACAUUUUGAGUCACAUAUGGAAUACCCGAACAAGUACCCGAGAAGAGAUAGACACUACGACAGAGAUGUGUAUAACCAUAAUAUCCCACCCUACAGACAGAACUCAGCAACAUUUGACCCGAACAAGUCAGUCAGCUACGUGUUCUCAGCAUCAAGAACAGAAAACAGAAACCACGAGCAGUACCGAACAUACCAAAGUACGCCAAAGACAAGAGAAAGAAACGCACCGAAGCUGUUCGUAGGAAGAAUAGGAUAUGACACCACAGUACAGACCUUGAGGUCGUAUUUCUCGCAGUUCGGCGACGUAGUAGACGUGUAUAUACCAAGAGAUGCCCAGACACAGAAGAGCAAGGGGUUCGGAUUCCUUACGUUCGCAAACAAAAACUCAAUACAUACAGUCCUUGACCCGAGCCUCAAGCACGUCCUGGAAGGAAGAGAUAUCAUAGUCGACUACGCAGAAGCAAACAACAGAAGAAUGUAA